AUGAAGGUGGAGAGGAAGCCCUCCUCUAAAGGUGACAACUUCAGGGACGUUCCUCCGCUGCUGACACUCUUCGGCCUCUUCCUCCUCCUCCUCCUCUUCAUGGGUGAGGCAUUUGGAGUGAACGUGACCAGCCAGACCCAGGUGGUGAGGGGCACGGUGGGCAGAGAGGCCCUCUUGUCGGUCAGCUACUCCAGCAGCAGCUCUGACAAGCCUGUCAUUAAAUGGCAGGUGAAGAAGGACAAAGUGAAGCCCGUCACUGUCGUUCAGUCAAUCGGCACCGAGAUCAUCGGAAACCUGAGGCCCGAGUAUCGCAGCCGCAUCAUGGUGUUUGAGAAUGGCUCCCUGCUGCUUCACAAGCUGCAGCUGUCAGAUGAAGGGACGUACGAGGUCGAAAUUUCCAUCACAGACGACACGUUCACCGGAGAUCACUACAUUAAGCUGACUGUGGACGUUCCUGUGUCAAAACCUUACAUCCAGAUGAUGGCUUCCUCUGUCCUGGAGUACAGCGAGCAUUUCCACCUCCAUUGCUCCCACGAUAAUGGCACAAAGCCCAUCUACAGUUGGCUGAAAGGAGGGAAGGUGCUGACCAAUGACUCACGCCUGCUGCUUUCACACGACCAGAAAGUGCUGAGCAUCUCACGCGUUCUCAUGUCCGAUGACGACAUCUAUGCUUGCACAGUGGAGAACCCCAUCAGCAGCAUGAAGAGCAUCCCCGUUCGGCUCACCGUCUACAGACGGAGCUCGUUAUACAUCAUCCUGUCCACCGGGGGCAUAUUCCUCCUAAUCACCCUGGUGACAGUAUGUGCUUGCUGGAAACCCUCCAAGAAGAAACACCGUCCUGUUCCCCAAAGAGUUCCUGUUUAUAUGGAGCAAAGUGAAAAUGGCCAUGAUGGUCUGUCUUUUACAGUUGACGUGGUGCCCAAGCCAACUACGCUUGGCCGACGGAGCCCCAUGCCUCUUUACGUUCUCAACGAAGAUGAAACUUUGGAGCAUCUGGAAGAAUCCUCGGGCAUCACUGCCAUCCAACCAGAAAUCAGUAUCCCUGCAACCUAUGUUCCCGUCCUUCCCCCGACCACCAACAGAACUGAGCGGCCGAUCUGGUCCACUCCCCGCCGGUACCCCCGGAGCCCCUCUCCCCUGGCACAGCCUCUCCCUCAGCCUCUCCCUCAGCCUCUCCCUGCCCCUGUCCUACGUCCUGUCUGCUCUCCGGCUCGCUCCCCGGCUCACUCCCCAGGAUCGUCCCCCCGCAGUUUCAGCCCCGUGAGGAGGGUCCGACCUCCAGUGGGCAUCCCAGCCAGCCACCUGCCUGUGGAGACAGAGGGCUCAGAUCCCAGUGAUCAGACUCUCGCUUCCUCACAGCAUUGACCGCCGUCUGGAUUAUAGUUUUCACACUAGGAUAAGUGAAAUGCAUGUUUAGUUCGGAUUCUACGUUCUAGGAUAAAAAAUGGGUUCACUCCUUUUUCCUCAUGUGACAGUAUUUAUGAUGCACUUCUGUAUGGCUAUGCACAGGAUCCGUUAUGCGUUUCUCUUAAAUAGUGUCCUUACCACCAGCAGGUAGGAGAUCAUGUAAGAUUCUGGUAUAUAUAGUACUUAGAAUAACAGAGCUGAGUUUUUGAUUUAAAAAUUUUGCAAAUCCUUAGAGUCUCAGCCACAUUUAUUGGCACCCAAACUAAAGAUGUGUAAAAAGCCUUUGUUUUUUUCCUUGCUCUUUUCCUUUUUACAAAAUUAAGGUGGGACGUUCUUUUUUUUUUUUUUUUACAAAAUAUUCAGUCAAACUUACUUGGGGGCACCACUACAGUCACGAUCUUACCUCUUUUUGCCAACAGGGCAGCAAUUGAUCCUCUUGUGUAACAUUUGACAAUGUGAGAUCAUAGGUAGAAUGAGAUCUUUGACCAGUUUAUGCACAUGCCCUGUAUAAUACCUAGGAGCUGUCUAUUAUUCUCCCAUCGCUUAAUCUCACCUGACCAAUUUCAAGUGCCUUGAAUGCUAAAACCAAGAUGUUUUUCUUCCUUAAAAAACGUGUAAUUCCAUGCACUCUAAAAAGGUUUUAGAGUGGGGGGGAGAGAAACAACUUUAUUCUUCAAGAUCCUCAAAUUAUAAAUUAAAACAUGCGUCAGUUAGAUUUGUUUUUAAAAAAAAAGUUUUUUGUUAAAUAUUUUCUCUUAAUAAGGUAUUAUUCCAACACUUAAUAAUAAUAUCGUAUUAAAGGCUAGACUUUAAAAAAAAAUCUCAGAAAUGUUCUUCUGCAAUAAAAAUUGGGGUGCUAAGUAAUGUGCCACCUCUUAUGUGGCAUCCACACAAAAUGUAUAUAAGUCAAUAGUUUUCUGUCUUUGAAUUAUUUGGUUUUUUUUUUUUGUUUUUUGUUUUUUGCAACACACAUUGCAUUUUUUUCACAUUAGGUCACUUUACAACAUAAAGAUAAAAAUAAUCUUGUUAUAAAUUGUAUCUUGUUCGUUGUGACAAUAAAUCCUCCAGCUCCUGCAAGUA